AUGGCCGGUAUGACGUUGAGUAGUAAAGAAAUUGAAAAGAUAAAACAUAAAUUAAUUGAAUGGGAUAAUUUGAAAAAUCCAAAAGCGCCGUUAAAUGAAAAACAAUUACUCGCCAUUGAUAAAAUUGCCGAUGCCGUUAAAUAUCAACCGUUUUCAACCCAAAUUCCAAAAGACGAGAGUAAGGUUGAAACAAAUUACGAUUCGGAAAAUGAUAAUAUUGAAAGCGUUCAACAGUUUUUAAAAAAUUAUUCAGAAAUAGAGGAUAAAAUUUUGGAAGAAGGGAAAACGGUUUAUUUAGAAUAUUUUAAACAGUUGUGCAGUUGGAGAGAUGAAACUGAUGAAGUUUUAGUCUUAGUUGAAAAAGGUUUACAAAAUCUUAAUAUAUUAUUGGAUCAGUAUAAUUUAGUGUCUAAUAAUACAAAUUCUCUACAUAAUGCUUGUCAACAAAUAUUGCAGGAACAGAUGAAAUUAAGUAAAACAUAUGAAGAAAUAAAACAUAAAUUGGAAUAUUUUACUUGCUUAGAUACUUUACAACAAAAAUUAUCAAAUCCAGCUCUUUCAGUAACGAGUGAUACUUUUUAUGGAGUUUUAGAUAAGUUAGAUGCUUGCAUAGAGUAUAUAAAUAAUAAUAUUAAGUUUAAAGAAUCCCCCAGUUAUGGUGCAAAAUUUAAAUACUGUUUAACAAAAGCUGUUAAUAUGAUGAAACAAUAUAUUAGUCAGACAUUAAUAUUAGCUAAAAAUCAAGUUCUUCCCGCUGUAACGAUACAACAGAAUGAAAUAAGUAAGACUGAUGCGACAAAUUUUGCUUUGUUUUACGGUCGUUUCCAGGCAUAUGCAUUUAAAAUAAAAAAAUUAAUUUAUAACAUAGAACAGAGAUUGGAUAAAUUUCAAGAUUAUAAUAUUUUACUGUCUGAUUGUCAUGAAAUAUAUUUCACACAAAGGAAAGAAUUGAUGUCUGAUGGUGUGAAAAGUGCCAUCAUCGAAUUAUCGAAUAGACACAAAGGAGAUCAUUGUACUUUGGUUAGAAGUGGUUGUGCUUUCCUAGUUCACAUUUGCACUGAUGAGUAUCAAAUGUUUUUCCAAUUUUUCAAUAAACCAACUCCAUUGCUCAUGGCGUAUUUGGAGGGCCUUUGUUUGAAUUUAUAUGACAUAUUAAGACCAAUUAUAAUUCACGUCAAUCAUUUAGAAACGCUUGCAGAGCUUUGUAGUAUUUUUCGUUUGGAAAUGUUAGAAGAACACGUUCAAAAUAAUCCGUUGCCUUUGGAAGCGUUCGGAAAAGUUAUUUGGCAAUUGAUGCAAGACGUACAGGAGAGACUCGUUUUUAGAGCGCAUUUGUAUUUGCAAUCCGAUAUAUUGAAUUACAAGCCGUCUCCCGGAGAUUUGGCAUAUCCGGAAAAACUUGAAAUGAUGGAAAGCAUAGCUUUAUCACUUCAAGAACAAGCGGUUGCUUCAAUGAAAAGAUCCGAAAGUCGUACGUCCCUUGCUUCCGGUUCUUCAGCGACAAAUCAAGAAAUGGAAAAAACAAAUAAUGAAACUCUUCAUUCCGCCGAACCGUUCAGAGCCCGAACCGGAAAUUCACCUGCCGAUUUACACGGAAUGUGGUAUCCUCCAGUUCGUAGGACUUUGGUAACCCUAUCAAGAUUAUAUCGUUGCGUCGAACGUCCGAUAUUUCAAGGACUGUCUCAAGAAGCUUUAUCCAUGUGUAUUCAAAGUAUAGCAUCUGCAGCCAACACGAUAUCCACUCAAAAGAGCGUUCUAGAUGGAAAACUUUUCGAAAUGAAACAUUUAUUGAUACUAAGGGAACAAGUUGCUCCCUUUCAAGUUGAUUUUACCGUUAAAGAAAUGACUUUGGAUUUUACAAAAGUUAAAUCGGCUGCUUAUAGUUUACUACAGAAACGGAACCGGUUGUUUUCUCUGGGGUCAAACAAUGCUCUUUUGGAAUUUUUACUCGAAGGUACGCCAACCGUUAAAGAAAACACGGUGGACAGUCGAAAAGAAGUAGACAAACAAUUGAAAUUUUCAUGCGAGUCUUUCAUCGAAAAUUCUACGAAUAUGUUGAUAUCCGGUUUGAUUAGUUUUUUAGAAAAGGUACAUUCAUUUAUGGAAAUGGCGAAGGAAAAAAACAAACAACAACAAACGGGUCAUGUUUUUACAUUGAGAAAACAAUCGUUUGCUUCUCCCGAACAAAUCGGAUCCAUAAUUCAAGACACUCAAAGACAAAUCAAAACGAAACUUUCACACGUACAAAGGUUAAUGCAAUUGUAUUUGGCUAACAAAGAAACGGAAGCCAUUUUGUACAGGCCGAUAAAGAAUAACAUCGUCAAUAAAUUUCAAUCACUUCAAAAUAUAAUAGAUGAAAAUGGUUACACGGAAGAAGAUAAAAUAAUAAUGGCACUUCCGACGCACGAUCAAUUAUUAAUAUUAUUAUCGACGUAUUCUUUAAACGCUUCCAAUCAAUCGUCCAUCACGGAAACGGAAACGCCGACAGAAAAAGAAAGUCAGUAG